CCGAAAUCUUUGUCGCCAGUCUUGGUGACGGCAACCGGGAGAGCAGCUCGAGCCUAAAAACUUCGCUCUGCAGAGAGACCUCUAGUGUUUUUCUUUCUCCAUGUCCUGGCAGAGUUCCUCCAAAGUACAAAUACACACAGAGCUCCCAUUGUUUGCAGCCCUUCACAAGCCCACUGAUCCUAAUAUGGAAUUCAGCAGGAAACCCAUGAUUUCCUGACACACAGCAAGCUGGAGAAAGAAAGGAAAAACUCCAUUAAAAACCUCCAGGCUCUCCUCCAUGUUAGAAAUGAAAUGGAAAAUGGAGUGGAUUUAACAGGACUCCCUGAUUCCUGCGGCCAAGCUGGAGGAAGGGAGAAGCGAAUCGAAGCCACAGGCUGCUGAUAUUUUUUAAGUCGCAAUAAAUACUGAGAACUCCAGGGCAGGAUGAGGAUUUCCUGACUCGGACGAACAAGAAAAGACAGAUCGCUUUUUUUAGGAUAUUCCUCUCUGUAUAUUUAAUUUAUUCACCUCAAUGAUUCUCUUGACUGAUCUGGUAAUUGUUAGAAGUGGCUGUGACAGCCUGGAAACAUUAGUAUGAUUUCCUGAGUUUGAGAUUUUUCUCUUUCCCCCCCCCCUCCCCAACCUCAGGAAAAGUUGAUACAAUCGCACUUCAUUUUUCCUUCAUGUGCACUUGGAAGUCCUGGGAGCAGCAAGAGCAGCGGCAGCGGCAGCAGCAGCAAGAAUGAACUGCAAGAAAGAAGAUGACAACUGCGCUGAUGGGAGCAGCAAUAACACGAAGAAGAUGUUAAAAUGUGUGGUGGUUGGGGAUGGUGCAGUUGGGAAAACCUGUUUGCUAAUGAGUUAUGCCAAUGAUGCCUUCCCAGAGGAGUACGUGCCCACCGUGUUUGACCACUAUGCAGUAACUGUGACUGUGGGAGGACAACAACACUUGCUGGGACUUUAUGACACAGCCGGGCAGGAGGACUACAACCAGCUGAGACCCCUGUCCUACCCCAACACAGAUGUGUUCUUGAUCUGUUUCUCGGUGGUGAACCCUGCCUCGUACCACAACGUCCAGGAGGAGUGGGUGCCUGAGCUGAAAGUCUGCAUGCCCAACGUGCCUUACGUCCUCAUAGGAACACAGAUUGAUCUGCGAGAUGAUCCCAAAACUUUGGCUCGGCUGCUUUACAUGAAGGAGAAACCACUCACCUAUGAGCACGGAGUGAAGCUAGCAAAAGAGAUAGGAGCACAGUGCUAUCUUGAAUGCUCAGCCCUCACACAGAAAGGCCUUAAGACCGUCUUCGAUGAAGCAAUCCUGACCAUUUUCCACCCCAAGAAGAAGAAGCAGCAUUGUGCAAAGUGUCACAGAUGCUGCACCCUCGUGUGAAGUCGCUCGGAAAGAAAAAUGAGAUGAGUUCAAUGAAACUAAGCAGGUUAGAAAGGCAAUGAAGAUCACAUGCAACUGAAAUGAGGAGCAUGACCAGAAAGGGGUCCUUCUUACCCAAAUAUAGGAGCCCUCUGUUCUUUGAAACCUCCAAGCUGUAUCACUCUAGGCCAACUCAUGUCUAUGUGCUUUCCUAACCCUCCAGAGUUGUAUGUAGCCUGUUCCCACUACUGCAAACUGCACUGCACGGACAGAAAACGGGAUGCCUGCUCCUGCUUGACUCCUCACCUUAGGAAUAAGGUGAAGGUGCUGUGUGGAAAAACAAAGAACUAAAGGUGGUAAAAUAGACAAGAGAAACUCCAUUUGUGGCCUUAAGCAAGAAUUGAUCAAAAUUAGGAAAUUGCAAUCCUUAGGAAUUGAAUCUGAACAGAUCGAAAGAGCAUGGAGAUCUGUAGAAGUCUAUUAUGUAAGAUAUACACUAUAGGUAGGAUGUACUUUUAAAUUACAUUUCUUUUAUAAGACUUGCUAGUUCAGGAUAUAUCUUCAUUUGUGUAAACCACAUGGAAGAAAAAAUGGAGUGAUUCCAAUUUCUUUUUACUUAAUAGCAAAACUUCACAGCAGCGGGAUGUUGCUGCACCCAGGCUAUCAAAAUGGAUCAACAUUUACCUCCAGACUUAAAGAAUGUUCUUAUAACAAAAAAAUGCAAGUAACUAUUACUGCAGGGGAAUGUUCAGGCUGAGCCACGUUUCCAUAAGCUCGGAAAGGAAGAACAGAAUUGUAGCCUUAAUGUACUGAAACAAAAAAGUUCUGCCACCAAAGAUUAUUGCCCUUGACAUGAAAUAGCAGCAUGGAACAAUCUCCCUUCCAAACUGAGAACAUGAAUGAGACAUUGCCAUGGCAACUGAAAAUAUACUUUAUAGAUCAGCUGGAUUUCUACAUCUCACCCAGAAGAUAAAAAUAGCAAAAACCAAAAAGCCAAAGGUCAUACUGGCUUCAAGUUCUCUAAGGUAAUCUAACAGCCUGAAGAUGUUUUUUGUUAAUGGAGUAUCUCAUGUAAAAAACCUUAUCAAAGAGGAUCUGUAAACGUGUUGAUUUAUUGUAGUGUCCCUCCUCCAAUCCAUUACUUCUUUCUUUGCUCUUGUUUUUUGCUCUUCAUUACUGUGAGUGCUGUUCAAGUUGCAGUACAGCUGCAGUCCUCAGGAAUGAACUUUCACGUGAGUGUCAGGUGACGGGCUGCAGUCUAUAGCACAGAGAUGGGAAGUCCAGACCUCAAGGGAAAGGAAGCUGUCUGUUAGCUCUUUGCUCUUGGAGAAAAAAAAAAAUGUGCCUUUUCAAUAAAGCCUCUUCAGGAAGCUGUACUUUUGCACAUCACAGCAACACCAAUGCUCAGAGGUGGACUCAAAUUAUAUCUUGUUACUUCCACCUCUCUUCGGGUACCUUGGCAAUGCCAUGGGACUACCUUGUUAUGGAUUUCAUUCCUCAAGCAGAAAAUCACAGAGCCAGCAAAUACGAAUUCCCAGGCCUCUGUUGUAAUUCCUUGCAAAAGCAGUGUCUGUAGUCAGCAUUUCCAGAAGUGCUGGGAGUGAGCACGGCACAACCGUGCAGUCUCCCAGCCCCGGGACGUGUGCCCUGCAGUCCCCCACACCCCAGGGGACCGCCAGCUCAUUGCUCUCCAGAAGCACGGUACUGUGCUCAAUACCCACAGCAACCAGAAAAACCCUUGUGGUUAGUUGUGAAUUAAAGACCCAGUGUUACUUGGAGCGAUUAGCAACUUCAGUAGGACUAUAGGAACUGCACUGUUGGUGCAGAGAAGGGAACAAGCAUGAUGCGGUGCCCAAUCCUGCAGUCACUGAGCGUCAUGGAUCCAAGCUCUUCCUUUAGCACAAAUACAAUUUAGUAUGGGCACCUACAGAAGCCACAUCUGGCACCCCAAAACGUUUCCAGGUAGAAAUCAAGAAUUAUCUUUGAGAAAAGCGACCGAGUUUGAGGCAGAUGCAUUGUUAACGUUACCCAGCUGGCUUUCACUCACCAUCCCUUUCGUGCUGCACGCAAGCACAGAUGAAAACAAAGUUGUGCUAAAUCAAAGACCAACAAAAGAAAGAUUUCCUCACUGCUGGCAUUCUUUGUGCAUAUUUUGUAUCUGGUUUUGUUAUGUACCAACAAUUUGCUUCAAAUGGACUGGCUGAUAAAGCACAGCUCAGAGCGAGGAUGCUGCUGAAAGUCUGAUGAAGGAGUUCGUGUUGUACUAUAGAGGCUGUGUUGCCAUCCCCAGGCAGAGCAGUGAGUAAUCACACAGCUGGGACACUGGCAGUCAGCUGAACUGUAACGUGUAAAGAGAUAGUAGGGAACAUCAGGAAAACUAGACGUGGAUUAAAUAAAUAAAUAUUUAUGUAACAUUUGUUGGCUUACAACACGAGCAGAAGUUCACUGAAGCCAAAAAAAGGCUUACAACAGACGUUACAGAAAAUUGGAGCUUCACUAUGCUGCCAUUUACUUCAGUGGAAAUAAAAUAGGAUGAUUGCUUUGUUUUAGCUCAUAUACGUUGCUAUAGAGCUCUAGCCUAUAUAAAAGUCUCUGGUUAAAAGAAGUGCAGUCUGGUUUUGCUGAAGCUCAAUGCAAACACUUAGGUUGGAGCUGCCAGAUAUUCUUUGAGCUUCACAAAACAUAGAAGAAAUAGAAAUCCAGACUGACAGUUGUGUUUAUCAUAAAAUAAUGAGCACACUGGAAAAGUGCAAUAUAGCAUUCCCAGCAUUCAUUAGAUAAAGCCAGCAAAUUACUUUUGGUUUUUGUGCUACCAAGUGCCAAGGGUGUCUACUAAUACUAAUGAAAUGGCAUAGGAUAGGCACAUAAUAUCAAAAAUCAAAUGGGAAGUUGUAGCACUAAUGUAACUGCAGUGGUUUGAGGAAAAUUAACUGAAAAACAUAUGGUGAUGUAGAAGAUAAAAUGCUACUGUCAUAGAAAUACAUAAUUAUGGAUUGGAUCAGGUUUAUCUAUUCCAACCCCACUGCAAUGAGCAGCGACAUCUUUAACUCAGUCAAGUUGCAAGUUACUCUGAGUUGCUCAGAGCUUCAUCUGCCUGACCUUGAAUGUUGCCAGGGAUGGGGCAUCUUCCUUGUCUCUGGGUAACUUGUGCCUGUGCCUCAACACACUCAUUGUAAAAAAAAUAUUCCUUAUAACCAGUCUAAUUCUAUCAUCUUUUAGUUUAAAAACUUUACCCCUUGUCCUACUGCAACAAUAAUGUCAUAACGUAUUAAACUGCAGCACCCUGCACAAAUCACUGCACAGCAAAAGCAGAUAGAAAGGUGUUAAUAGGUGUACAAAAAAUAAAGUUAAGACUAACCAGGAUUUUAUUUGCACUUACAAAACCAAGCACAUCAAUAUUGUGAGGCACUCAAAAUUUCAAGUUUUUCAUGUUGAUUGUGACCAAGCUUUGACAUCUGAGAGCUGCAAAGGAGGGAUAAUGGUCACAGACCACUGAGAAACGGCCUCGGCGCUCCUUUUAUUUUUAAUUUCUCUUCCAACAAAAAUAAAUGUUUUAAAAAUAGUCAUAGUUAGUGCAUGUCCCAUAAACAUUAUUCCUGUGUGAGGUUAUGUACACACACCUAUGCAAUGUGGCACUCGGAUCUGCCCUGUUACGCCAUUAUUUUGGGGAGGCAGGAACAGCACAGGCCAAUAAGCUUCAGAAAGGGAUUGUAGGCAGAUGUAAAGAGUCUCAUUGACUCUCUGGCAUGUCUUACCUAGAGCCUUUUCUAAAAGCCAACAGAUGGUGUGUGAACAGGCAGCAAAGCUUAUUUUCAGAAAUAUCAAAACACCAGACACAGUGCAAGCACAGGCAGAAGGCAACAGAUAUAAACUUGAAGUUAUUUUCAGGCAUCAUUAUUAACAAGAAAAGAAAAUCAAUAAAUGAUUGCCAGGUGAAAGGAGAUGGGUUUUCUUGCUGUAAGACAAGAUAGAUAGAAGUCAGACGCUGAUUUCACCUUCAAAGGAAUGCAGUUAGGAGAGUCAUAAAGGCUAUAAACCAACCCAGGAACCUAUUUGACAAUGUCCUCUUAAUGCAACUGAUAUCAAAACCUUUCCAGGCAGAGCUGCCUUUGCUAAUAGUCUGCUAUCAUUUCAAAAGCUCUCACAGCUUACAAGAAAUCUGCUAGACCCUGAAAAACCCUUCUUCUUUGUCCUCUUCUGAAACCUUAAUGUUCUACCAGGUGUGGUUAACCUGAAGAUGUAGUUUCAAAUUGAGAUCCCAAAGGGUUUUCAUGCAAAAUCCAGCAAGGAGAUAGUAGAGACAUUAGGUAUUAAGGGGAUACAACACAUUGGAGAGAUGGUAUCCCAUUAAAAUAACCUACAGAUGUCACUGCCCUUCAGAGCACUUUUAAAACACCAGGCCAGUGGAACUGCACAGUCCUGUGCUAUAUCACUUCAGCAUGAUCUCAAGGAGGUUCCACAAAGAUUGCCACAUUUUGUCCUCCCAGAGUUCAGGAGAAGCUGGGAAGAAUGCAGAAAUGAUGAUACGACCCCACAUGGGUCCAUACAGGAGUAUUUUUUCAAAUUGUAUAAAAUUUAUGUAUUUAUUUCCUCUAGGAAAAGGAAUUCCACCUGGUUGUCCCAUGGGCCAGAUGCUCCCAGACCUUUUCUCUCUACUCUGUAAAUAUCUACUGUUAUAGUAGUAUGCAUCUUACAACAAAUAACAAAUUACAAGCUCUUGUCUUGCACUGCCUUGAAUGAGCUGGUGGAAACUGCAGAAUUCGUUCAGAGUCCAGCAUGACAAACAAAACAAUCAUUUUGGCAACUGUCAUUGAUAUUUCUCACCUUUUUUCUCUUUUAAAUCACUGCUUCAGUUCAAAAUAAACCCAGACUUAAAUAUAGCACUGCAUCUUAACAUGUAAUGAAGAUAUUCCAAAUACUUUUAUCAAGGGGUCAGAUUUUGGCAGACUUCCUUACACUGAUGAGCAUCUUGCUGCAUAAGGAAUUACCUCCAACUUCUUCAUGUCUUGUUCAAAUCCCAAUGAUAUUGCUCAUGUAAAUGAGGGAGUCUGAAUAUGGUCAUUAGUGACCUGCACUUGCAGUUAUUGUAUAACAAAAUGUCUUCUAGCUGCUCUAGUCUUGGUGGCCUGUGUACCUCAAAAAGCAGGGAUUUCCCAUUCCCCGUAUCAUGUACAAAUCACUUGGUGUCCUGUAAUGCUCAGCACCAUAAGCUGUUUGGUAUCUGCCAUCUCUAAGGAAGCGUGGUAAAGAAGAAUCAAGAAAAGAGUUGGGAAAGGAGACAAGCCUUGAGCAUUCUGCUACAGAAACUGAGCAGGACUCUCCCAGAAACAAUCACUGCAACGCAACUCUAGGCAAGUGCCCAAAAACCCACCCUGACGCUGGGAAAAUCUCUGUAGCAAACAGAGAGCAACGGAGAACAAACAUUUCACUACCAGUGACUGCUGUUGACAAGGAUAUGCAGGCAGCAAGCUGUUAAGAUCCCAUCCAAGAUGUUGUCCCAAGACUCCAGAGAUCUGAUCUGAGAACCUUUUAUAGAGGCUUGGAAAAGGCUGCAGAAGCUCUUGCAAAUUAUUUCUGUCACUGCCUCCCUCAUUACACCCAACCUUAUAGGCAGCAAGCAAUACAGUGGCCAAUUAUGCUGCUGAUAUAUGUGUCUAGCAGAUGUAUUUUCAUCAUGUGAGUUGCCACGUCCUUAGAAAAAUGUCCCUCUAAUUCUGACAUGAAAGAUGCCUGUUUGCUUACGUAGCUUACUUACAGUCCAUGACCUUUUCUGUAGCUUUUUUUCCCUCAGUGGAACAGCAAAUACCUCUUGAUUCACUGUACUGAAGCUUCAUCUGGAUUAAAAAUAAAUUGCAAUGGCAUCAAUCUGUCUCAACCCAGGUUUGUUUAAAAGCACAUUUGCAUUCUCCAGCAAAGCACUCAACAUAUGCUUAUGCUGGCUUGGGGACCAUUUGCUCUUUGCUCAAUCAAUAGGUAGAAUACGGGAAUCCAGCUGAACAUGCCUUCCUCCCUGUCUUUUCCUUUUCCCGAAGAGGAUUCAUGAUGUGUUUUUUCUCAGUUAAAAAAAAAACCAAAAAACAAACAAC